CGCGUUCACAUGCCUUUGAGUCCAUCCGCAUGAGGUGAAGAGCCGCUCUGGAGGGCGCGUCGACGCGUAUCUCGUCGCGGGGACUGGCGCACGCACGUGCUGUACUGUCUUCCAGCUCCUUCCCAAACAUAAAACUACAUCCUCGCUGAAGCAGCGAGUGUUUAAUCCUCCAAGGCUGCUCUCUUCAUUAAAGCUGUGCCUCAUGAGUUUUGUGGAGUACUCCGAGAUCAUCCAAGAAGGGGAUGUCGUCAUUAUCUUCCUGGGCCACGAGUCCAUGAUGCCCAUCAAAGUUCAGUCGGGAGCGCAGACGCAGACCCGCUACGGGGUCAUCCGGCACUCCAGCGACCUGAUCGGACAGCGGUUUGGUUCCAGAGUGACCUGCAGUAAGGGCGGUUGGGUUUACGUGCUUCACCCCACGCCAGAGCUGUGGACGGUCAACCUUCCCCAUCGAACGCAGAUCCUCUACACCACAGACAUCGCCAACAUCACACUGAUGCUGGAGCUCAAACCGGGCUCUGUCGUCUGCGAGUCAGGUACAGGCAGCGGCUCUCUGUCUCACUCGAUCCUGCGGACCAUCGCUCCCACCGGCCACCUGCAUACGGUGGAGUUCCACGCUCAGCGAGCCGAGAAGGCCAUGCAGGAGUUCAAGGAGCACAAAGUGUCUCACCUGGUUACUGUUAGAAACCAGGAUGUGUGCAAGGACGGCUUUGGCAUCACAGGAAUAGCCGAUGCUGUGUUUUUAGACAUCCCCUCUCCGUGGGAGGCAAUCACACAUGCCAAGAGUGCCAUGAAACGCAAAGGAGGCCGUCUCUGUUCCUUCUCGCCAUGUAUAGAGCAGGUCCAGAGGACGUGUGAGGCACUGCUGGACCGUGGCUUUGAGGAGAUCUGCACACUGGAGGUUCUGCUCCGGGUGCAUGAUGUUCGUAGUGUCAAUCUGCCCUUACCAGACUUCGGACCAGAGGAGGGCUCUCCGGAUGUUAGUCAAGAGGAAAUCCCAAACACCGGGAACACCUCUGUGAUCUGCAGGACUGCCACACCUCCCAGAGAAAUGGCAGGACACACCGGAUACCUCACCUUUGCUACCAAACCACGCGACUAGAAGCGUAACGUAAGCUGAUGGAGGCUCUUAUAGAGUUUAAGUAAUGCAAAGUCAUGUUUUUUUUUGUUUGUUUUAUUUUAAAUGGGCUUUUAUACCAAUAUAACAGUUCAUGCAGUUUAAAAACUCUGGUUCAGUACAGACUGAUUCAAUUUAUCUUUUUAUUUGUAUGCUUUUUUUUUUUAAAUAAGUAGAUUGUUUUGCUACAAUAAAUUAUUGGAAUGCAAUAAAAACUCUGUAGUUUCUUUUUCUUGUGCUAUUGAUGUUGUUGCAACUUUGUGUGACUGUCAGCUGUCACGUUCGACCACUCAGGAAGCAUGAAGAGAAAUUUAUGCUCUUCAUGACGUAUCUUCGUCACGAUAAAUUUGCCUGUUGACAUCAUGUAAAACUUUGUUUGGUGAAGUUCAUUGUUUGCGUUCAUUUAUGUGAUAUCAGCAGUUUCUCACCACUGUUGCUCUCAAUUCAAGGCUGUUACGGCCUGUUCUGGAUCUGUUGUGUAUGUUACUUUCUUGGAGGUGGAAUGAAAGAUACUAAAGAACUAGAUGUGCCAACAUCUGGUAAAUGUUAUAUCUGAAACUAUCUGCAUAUUCAAGAGUCCAUAAAAGGCAUUCCUUCUGCAAUCUGAUGUCUUCAGAGAUGCUGUAUAAAGUCUGUAUAAACUUUAGUCUCUCUCUCUGUCUCUCGAAACAUGGAGGUUAUGAAUCAUAGUCAGAGAUACAGUCAUAAGAUGUGUUUGCAUGAUUAGUAUGAUUUUCUUGCUAUUUAAAACAAUUGUAUGUUAAACAGAAAUGCUGCAGUGAUAAUGCGUUACAUGGUUGUCACAUUUAAAAUCAUUAGUAAAAUGCUAAAUAAUUGUACAAGAAAAUUUAGGCAUCACAACAUUAUAAAAAUGACUACUAAUUUACUGCAGAUUAUAUUUUGUUUAUAUUACUUUAUUUUCAGUAAAUUUUUUGUGUGUUGGCAAAAGCAAUUUAAAUGGGAACAGAAUAAGAAAAAGUAUGAAUGCAAAAGUUUACAUACUGAACAUAUUAAAGUUGUGAAUAAUAUUU